AUGGGAGUGAACGUAAAAGGACAUUCAGAAUGCAUCUACACUAAACACUUAUGCCUGGAUGGGAGGCAGAUACACUUGGAAAUUUAUGACCCUUGUUCACAGCCACAGCGGGGGAAGCUCUCCCUCACAGAUGAGCUCCACUGGGCUGAUGGAUUUAUCAUUGUUUACGACAUCAGUGACAGAGCAUCAUUUGCAUUUGCAAAAGCAUUGCUGUACAGGAUCCGAGAGUCUCACAUAGGAGCUUGUAAAAAAAUGCUUGAGUCAUCAGUAUUUUUGGUGGGUAACAAACAGGAUUUAUGCCACAUGAGGGAAGUUGGCUGGGAUGAAGGACAAAAGCUGGCAAUGGAUAACAAGUGCCAAUUCUGUGAACUGUCUGCAGCAGAACAUUAUCAGGAAGUUGUGGCAAUGUUCAUGAAAGUCCUGAGGAAUAUCACCUCAAAUUUCAAAGUGAAGGAAAAGAGACGACCAAGUGGAUCAAAGUCAAUGGCCAAGUUAAUCAACAAUGUGUUUGGAAAGAGAAGGAAAUCUGUGUAAAAGAUGGUUAGUCUUGAAGUAGGAACAAGCUGAAAUAAUGGAGCACAGAGAGCUCUUGGGAUUCAGUCAGUUUCCUCCAAAGGUCAAUGUCUGGAGGAGUAAGACAGUAGAAACCAAAGGUGGGAGACAGUAUGGUCAAGUGGACAGGGUCUAGACCUAGAAGACCUGACCUAUUUCCAGUUCUACUACAGAUUUACUGUUAGGGCUAUGUCACUUAAACUCUAAGAUGCUCCUCUCACCUUUUAUCUCGUAAGUUCUUCAGAGGAGGGUUUUAGUGUGUAUUUAUUCAACACCAACAUGGUCUUGGAUGGAACUUCUAGGUGUGACUGAAGUAUAAACAGUUAUUUCCAAUAAACUCAGCCUUGCUGAUCAAAAUCUUACUUCAGAAUUCUGAGAAGUAGUUGUUUUUUUGUGCAAGAACACUUGCGCUAAAGAAAAGCAAAAUACUGCUGCUGUAUGUGAUAAUGUGUGUAUUUAACUCAAGGAUGGAUGGCUUAGAUCCUCAUGUGCCUAAAGGUGCCUAACACCUGUUGAAAUAUAAAUUAAAUGCUUAGACACCAAAUCUACAAAAGGUAUUUACCUACAAAGCUGCUGUGCAGAGGCACCAGAAAUAGGGAAGCAGAUAAACAAAGCAGUAUUGUUUUCUGUUUCAGGGGUUUUUUUUGAGGGAUGAAAGAAAGUAGAGAAGGUUGAGGAGGGUGGGAACU